AUGCCCGCUAACGGAUUCACUUACAUCGGCAACCACCAACCCCUAACCCUCAACAACGGAGCGCCGGCUCUUAAUAACGGAUCAUUACGCUCGUUACCAGAAAAGAAGAACAAUGCCAUCUGCCAUCCUGAGAACUUUCAACGGAAUGAAACCCGUUACUCUAGAAAGCAAGAGAACGGGUACUUACGUUCGGAAACAGUGAUAGGUUUCCCGCGGGAUAGAGAGAGGGAUAGGGAGAGGGAGUAUGAGCGCAACGUCCCGGACUAUAGUGAGCCCGAGUACUCUAUAAUCCCAGAGAGCGGUUACGAGGAGUUCCCGCGCUCGUGCAGCCACAACACCUUCAACUGU